AUGAGCAAGAAUGACAUGUGCCCUGUUUGUAAGACAGACAGGUAUCUGUCGCCGUCACUGAAAUUUCUCAUCAAUCCUGAGUGUUACCAUAAGAUCUGUGAUUCAUGUGUCGAUAGAAUCUUCUCUCUGGGUCCCACAAAAUGUCCAUACGCUAAUUGCAAUAAGGUUCUGAGAAAGAACAAGUUCAAGACCCAGACUUUCGAAGACCUUGGAAUCGAGCGGGAGACUGAUUUGCGAAGGAAGGUGUUAUCGGUGUACAACAAGAAGGAGGAGGACUUUCGGGGUGAUCUAGAAGGCUACAACAAAUAUCUAGAGGAAAUCGAGCAAAUGGUUGACAAUCUGAUUAACGGUGUUGAUGUUGAAGAAACGGAGAACAAAUUGAAACAAUAUGAGGUGCUGAACAAACAGCAAAUCAGCGCAAAUAACACAAGAAAGGAUCAAGAGUAUGAGAACUUUAUACGACUUCAGAAUAUGGAGAAACAGUUCAAGCUGGAGAAGCUGAGACUGGACAAACAGAUGAAACAGGAAGAAGAUAAAAUGGUACAGUUGUCGCGGAUGGAGAUGAUAGACGAACUGCAGAACUCCUCAGUGGAAGCCAACACAGCCAUAGACAACAUGAGGCAGUCCAUACUAAAGAAGUCGUCUGCGCGUCGCAAACAACGUGACGAUCUGGAAAAGAAGUUCCUCCUGGAGAAACAAGCGAUGAUGAACGAUCUGGCAGCCAAGGAGGCCAAUGACGAAACCACGACGAUACCAUUCACGCCAUUCAACGGCGACAGAGAGCUGGAACCAAGGUUCAACCUGCUGCCCACUUAUUACGAUCCGAUCUACAACAAACUGGUCCAAGAAGACUCCAUAUUCAAUGCAAGUGGAUACAAGAUCGAGAAGUUUUUCGCCAGGUCCAUAAACGAAGCGUUUACUGGUCUGGACUGCAUAAUAGAAGAAGAGAAAGCGUUUUAA